GCAGCGCGGUGGGAGACAAGGGCGCACAGAGCGUCUAUCCCUAUCUCCUCUGACUCCUGUUUUUUUUAUUCACACCGCACAGAGGAUCGUACACCUUUCAUUCCGGAGAGGACCCUGCAAGUUGAAUAGCCGCCACCUGCCACUGCAACUUGUCAAGGCAUUUGUUUCCGCCGCACGAUAGCAAAAGAAGUCAGAGCGGAGCCGCAGAGCUGGACGGAGACUAAUGUUGGAUGGCAUAGUAAAGACAACCUGAAGGACCUGAGAGCCAUCAUUCGCACAGAGUGGCAGCAAGGUCAUCUGGCAAAGGGAUGGUUUUGUCCUACUCCUGCCUUUGAAGCACUGAUGGAGUUGUCAUGAUGGCCAGAGUAAUACCGUAGGACCUUUUGAAGAAUGAACUUUCCGAACCACUGGAUUGUUCUGGAAGGAAAAGCCAUUGAAGAUCAAACAAAAUCACCGACAGUAAAAUUAGUUGGCCUUUUCUCAGUUCAAGGAUUCUGCUUCAGGAGGCAAAACUAUUCAUGACUUUUCAGGAACUGGACUACAGAAGAGUUUUCUUUGCAAAAAAGACUUCAUCUUUGUAUUAAACCACCUGAAACAUGCGCCAAACAUCGGAAGUGGCAUGGCUAAAGGUGAAAUCAGAUGCACUAAAGCGAUAAAAACGACAAAGUCAAGAAUGGAUAGAAACCAUCACUCUUGAGAGGUGCAUUCCUUGCUGCCAUCUUAUCCGUCCUCUCCUAGUUUACCCACUGAUCAGUGAGACAGUCCAUUAGUAUCUGUUGUUCUUGUCACCCUCAGAAAUUCAGCUUGAAAGACAUUUUCCAAAGUGUUUGUUUCGCUAUUUAGGUCAUAAUUUGAAAAAUUGCUACAAAGGUGGAGCAGAUACUGUAAAAGAAUCAGAAUGACUGACCAUGUUACAAUACAAACAGAUACUCUGCAGGUGGUAGGAAUCCAAUAUGCUCCGUGACGUGCCCUGUAUUCAGCAGAUAACCUCAGAUUUAUUUGUGAUCUCAUGGAUUAACUUUCAAGUUCUCACACGAAGACCUUUUAAGUUUGCCCUUGUGGAGUUCUAUUUGGUAUAAAAUUACAACUGAAAAACUCUUCUGAUCUACAUGCAUCUUUUAUAUUACAUGUAGACCCGGGCUGAAUUUAUUCUUUUUUUUCUUUUCCUAUUUUUUUUUUAUCAAAAUGCCUCCUUCGCGGACAGUAGGAGCGUGGACACUGUUGGCAGCAUUGGGUUUUCUCAGCUGCUUUAGUUUUGGCUGGUCCGAGGCCUCAAGGACUAGUGGUUCGAACUCAGGAGGGAGUAAACAGGAGCAAGGACCCUCGUCAUUGGAACGAGUGAAGAGAGGAUGGGUGUGGAACCAAUUUUUUGUGGUGGAGGAGUACACAGGGACAGAGCCGCUCUACGUCGGAAAGAUCCAUACAGACUCAGACGAAGGCGAGGGUAACAUCAAGUACACUAUCUCUGGAGAAGGGGCAGGCUCCAUUUUCAUCAUCGAUGAGCUAACAGGAGACAUCCAUGCCACAGAGAGACUGGACCGAGAAGAGAAGGCUUUUUACACACUUCGGGCUCAGGCCCGGGACAGACUUUCCAACGACCCUCUGGAACCAGAGUCAGAGUUUGUCAUCAAGGUCCAGGACAUCAACGACAGCGAGCCCAAGUUCUUGGAGGGCCCCUACAUCGGCAGUGUGGCAGAGCUGUCACCCAUUGGAACGUCCGUUAUGAAGGUUACUGCGUCAGAUGCUGAUGACCCUACAUACGGCAGCAGCGCCAGAGUGGUAUACAGCGUACUGGAUGGAGAAAAGUUUUUCACUGUUGACAGACACACAGGGAUCAUCAUGACGGCAGUGGCAGAUUUGGACCGUGAGACACAGGAUCGGUACGAGUUGGUCGUCAAGGCAACAGACAUGGCAGGACAAAUGGGCGGUCUCUCCGGCUCCACCACAGUGACCAUAGUGAUCACAGACGUUAAUGACAACCCACCGCGCUUCCCACAGAAGAUGUACCAGUUUUCUGUGUCAGAGGGGGCUGCUGUUGGGACGCCAGUCGGACGUGUCAUCGCCACAGAUGCAGACAUGGGAGAGAACACCGAUAUGAGCUAUCUGAUCAAAGAGGAAGGGGAGCUCUUCAAGGUCACCACAGAUGCAGACACACAGGAAGCUAUUGUCUCCAUCAAGAAGCCGCUGGACUUUGAGAGCAAGCGCACGCACAAUGUCGUGGUGGAGGCAGUAAAUAAGCAUGUCGAUCCUCGCUUCGUGGACCUGGGUUCCUUCCGAGACCAGACCAUUGUCCGGGUCAGCGUGUCGGAUGUCGAUGAGCCACCCAUCUUUCAACCAGCAGAGGGCACUAUUAUGGAAGUGCAGGAGGAUGCCAAAGUAGGAGCGUUGGUUGGCAUCAUCCAAGCCAGGGAUCCAGAUGUGAAGAAUAAACCUGUCAGGUUCUCUAUCGAUCGGACCACAGACCAUGAGAUGAUCUUCCAUAUUGAUCCUGAUUCAGGUGCCAUCACACUGGGAAAGAUUUUGGACCGAGAGACAGCAGGCUGGCACAAUAUAACUGUGAGGGCUGUAGAAGCAGAUAACCACACCAUGGCGUCCCACUCAGCAGUGAGCAUUCGGAUUCUGGAUGUAAACGACAAUCCUCCUGAACUGGCCACACCGUAUGAAGCCUCAAUAUGUGAAGAUGCCAAACCAGGCCAGCUAAUUCACACCAUCAGUGUGGUGGAUAGAGACGAGCCUCAGACUGGACAUCGCUUCUACUUCACCCUGGCCCCCGAAGGCCCCAACAAUCGACAUUUCGCCCUGUGGGAUUUCAAAGACAACACAGCUGGCAUCCGGACCCAGCGGUCAGGCUUUAACCGCCAUGAGCAGAAUGUGUACUUUCUGCCCAUCCUGGUGGUUGACAGCGGGCCUCCCUCCCUCAGCUCCACAGGCACCCUGACCAUUCACGUCUGCGGCUGCGACACAGAGGGAGAAAUCCAGUCCUGCAAUGCCACAGCCUAUGUAAUGAGUGCUGCUCUCAGCCCUGGGGCUCUUAUAGCACUGCUGGUCUGCAUGCUCAUUCUCAUAGUCCUUGUCUUGCUGAUCCUGACUCUGAAACGCCACAGGAAGGGCCAGAGGAUGGCGGAGGAUGAGGAGGACAUGAGGGAUAACGUCAUCAAGUACAACGACGAGGGCGGAGGGGAGCAGGACACUCAGGCGUAUGACAUGAGCGCCCUGAGGAACCUCUAUGACUUCCCAGAGGCCAAGAGCUGUGACUCUGGCCCUGACAUCCGCUCGCUGCCGCAGUGGAUACAGGCCAACCGGGUGGGGGGCGGGGCAGACGGAGCUGCAGCAGCAGCAGCGUCGGCGACAGACUUCUCCUUAUUCAAAGGCUACAUCCGAAAGAAGGUGGAGCAGGCCGACGCUGACCUGUCGGUGCCGCCAUACGACUCCUUCCAGACGUACGCCUUUGAGGGCACCAGUUCGCCAGCGCUCUCGCUAAGCUCCAUCCACACGCUGUCCACCACCUCGGAGCAGGAUUUCUCCUACCUUAGCGACUGGGGACCGCAUUUCAGGCAACUGGCGGGCUACUACGCUCCAGGGAAUCCUGAGGAGGAAGGGUCCUAGCACAGCUUCUCCUUUGCAGAGAGACAUUUAAACUCCUUGCUUCUUCUUCUUCUUCUUCUCUGCCUCCUCUUCUCACCCUCUGGCACUCAUCAGAGCCAGCACUGUGUACUCCUUAAAGACAGAGCACCACCUCUUUAUCUCUUUGAAAG